AUGGCAGUAGCUGCUCAGUGCCUGCCCAGGCAUCCUGGGGGGUUAUAUGGGCAGGGGUUCCUGGCCCAAGAUGUACCAGAGAUGGAGAAUUUUGUGAACCUACAUAAGGGACAACCGAUCAAGCGCCAGACUGUCAUCACCUGCAUGAGCAUGCUGAAGAAGAACAUGGCGGAUGAGGACGCGGUCAGCUGCCUGGUGAUUGGGAUGGAAAGCGCCGAUGUCCUCAUCCUGGACCCUGAGGCCUUCACUAUCCUGGCCAAGAUGACGUUGCCGAGCGUGCCAGCCUUCCUGGACGUGAUGGGGCAGUUCGAUGUGGAGUACCGGGUCACGGUGGCCUGCCGGGAUGGGAGCAUCUACAUCCUGCGCAGGUGA